AAUGAGGUCAUGCUCUGGAUUUAAGAGGUAGGCUACUGUUUUAUUAAUGGUCCACUUCCACAUUUCCGUUUUUUUCCAAGGCUCAUUGAACACACCAUGUCAGUGUGUACCGGGUGUGCACGCGCAGUGAUGCAAGUUUAGGAAAUAAACAACUAACGUCACUGAAACAAGUCAAAGGUGGUCAGAGGUCGAGUGUGUAUACGCAGCAGCGCAGCUUUCAAAGCCCAAACUCUGUGUGUGUGUACAUAUACACACUUGUGCGAGAGCCGGGGGCACACACACUAUAUAUGUGUAUGUGAGAUGAGGAGAAGCUAAGUGGCUACCACAACCAACCAGAUCAGAAGAUGGAUUAGAACCCCACACCUCAGGAGAUCAAAGGUGGCUGUGACAGGGGCACCCCCGGGGCAGGACCCAUGAGGAGUCAUAGAAGAUGCUCACAGCCUGGGCGCUUCUGCUCUUCUUAGCCAUGUGGGUGAGAAGCACCUCUGGUGGCCCGCUCUCCUUCAGAAUAGCUGCCAUCCUUGAUGACCCUAUGGAGUGCAGCAGAGGAGAGCGUUUGGCCAUCACGCUGGCCAAAGACAGCAUCAACAGGAGCAGUAACCGUUCCACCACUGGCAAGCUGGAGGUGGACAUCUUUGAACUGCUACGAGACAGUGAAUAUGAGAUGGGGGAGACAAUGUGCCAGAUCAUGUCGAAAGGGGUGGUGGCAGUCCUCGGUCCCUCUGCCAGUCCAGCCUCCAACUCCAUCAUCAGCAAUAUCUGUGGAGAGAAGGAGGUACCCUAUGUCAAGGUUGCUCCAGAGGACAUUCUGAAGGUUCAGUUCCCCCGGUUUACCACUCUGGACCUGAGGCCAACUAACACCGACAUCAGCCUGGCUGUGGCCGGCCUUCUCACCUUCUUUAACAGCACCACCGCCUGCCUCAUCUGUGCACAGGCUGACUGCUUAUUGAACCUGGAGCAGCUCCUCAGGCAGUUCCUCAUCUCUAAGGAGACUCUGUCAGUGCGCAUGCUUGACGACAGCAACGACCCGACCCCGCUCCUGAAGGAGAUCCGAGAUGACAAGACUGCCACUAUUAUAGUCGAUGCCAAUGCCACCAUGUCACAUAUCAUUUUGGAACGGGCAUCAGAGCUGGGGAUGCUGUCAGUCUACUACACUUACAUCUUCACCUCUCUGGAAUUCUCUUUACUCCGACUGGACGACGUGGUCGACCAACGAGUCAACAUAGUCGGUUUUUCAGUCUUCAACAACACUCAUCCCUUCUUCCAGGAUUUUGUGCUAAGCCUCAACCGCUCCUGGCAAGAGAACUGUGACCAUGCACCCUUCGCUGGCACCCCACUCUCCUCGGCUCUGCUCUUUGAUGCGGUAUACGCGGUGGUGGCGGCGGUCCAGGAGUUGAACCGUAGCCAGAAUGUUGGCGCCACGCAGCUCUCCUGCAAGUCCUCCAAGAUCUGGGAGCAUGGCACCAGCCUCAUGAAUUACCUGAGGAUGGUAGAAUUGGAAGGUCUAACAGGCCACAUUGAAUUCAACAGCAAAGGUCAGAGGUCUAACUACGCCCUGCGGAUCAUGCAGAACAGCAAGGAUGGCCUAAGGCAGAUUGGCCUAUGGCACUCUGAAGAUGGACUGUCCAUGGAGAGAAAGCUUCCAUCAAUCAAUGUGACGGACACCCUCUUCAACACGACUCUUACCAUCACAACAAUAUUACGAACUGAACUGUUCAGGUCCAAAGACUCACGUCCUCGUUCUCGGUCCCGCUUCCUGGUUUGGCCUGGUCUGUUCCCUGGUCCCUGA